UAGUAGUAAGCUGUGGGCUGUGGAAUCACCAAGUCGGUGGUUGCGUACAGUUGUAUCCGGUGGUUGUAUACUGCAUUCCCUUUUGCCUUUUUUUUUUGGUGAACCUAUUUGAAAAUCGGUAGCGGUUUUAUUCACAACUGGUACUAAAUCGAUCAGACCGCGAAUCGGCAUCCUCGGCCAAACGAGAAAAGCUAAGAACCUGCUCCUUGGAAUGGCCUCAGCUAAAGCGCAAAAAUGGACAGGCUUUGUAUCAUGUCAGCAAGUACUCAACGUCAUGGUGAUACUGGGAUUCAUGUUCAACUACAUGCUCAGAGUGAACCUCACUAUAGCGAUAGUGGAUAUGGUGGAGACCAACGUUUCGGUUGCAAAUUCUUCUACAAAAAGCCGCAUAGAUGAGACCAGAUUCAGUUGGGACUCUGAACAAAAGAACGCUAUUCUAGGGAGUUUCUUCUGGGGUUACGUGCUAACCGAGCUACCUGGCGGUCGAAUGGCCGAAAUAGUGGGUGCGAGAAAAAUCUUCGGCGGAGGCAUGCUGAUGGCGUCCAUCCUCACGAUUCUGACCCCAGCCGCUUGUUAUCUGAACUACUACGUAAUUUUAAUCUUGCGCGCUUUCCUGGGAUUCUUUUUGGGCGCCACCUGGCCAGCCAUACAACCGUUGGCGGUCAGUUGGAUACCUCCGAUGGAGAGGUCAAAAUUUAUAGCCAACAUGAUGGCGUCUAGUUUGGGAGCAGCUCUAACGAUGCCCGUAUGUGGUUUUUUGAUCAGUACCGUCGGCUGGGCAAGCGUGUUUUACGUCACCGGUGCCGUAGGUCUUGUGUGGUCCAUAUUGUGGUUCUUUUUAGUGUUUGACUCGCCCGCGCAGCAUCCCCGUAUCAGCGACGAGGAAAAAAGAGACCUCGAGAUGAGGAUCGCUGACGGGGAAGGUGGUAGAAGCGUAAGACCGAGCAACGUGCCGUGGAAAAAUAUUUUUUUGAGUGCUCCGGUUUGGGCCAUCGUUAUUACUCACGCGUGUUCGGUGUUCGGUUAUUUCACUGUGGUUAAUCAACUGCCGUCGUAUAUGAAGGACGUGCUCAAGUUUAACAUCAAGGAGAACGGGUUGCUCAGCAGCUUGCCCUAUUUAGGAAAAUAUUUCAUGGCGGUCAUAUCUUCCUACUUGGCGGACCGGCUUCGUAAGUCCGGCACGAUGUCGACAACGGCGACCAGAAAAAUGUUCACCACCUUCGCCGUCAUGCUUCCCGGUUUCCUGAUGAUAGUCGAGGCGUUUUGGGGAAUAAACGCAGCCCUUUCUGUCUCCGUUUUCACCAUAUCGCUCUUCUUCAACGGCGCUGUGACUGCGGGUUAUUUGGCGAACGCUUUGGACAUCGCGCCGAACUUUUCCGGCACCAUAUUCGGGCUGGCCAACACCCUAUCUUCGUUCGGCGGUUGGUUGUCUACGAAAAUAGUGGCGGUGUUGACCAAGGACGAGAGCACCUUCGACACGUGGAAAUAUGUGUUUUGGGUGCUCGUCUUCACCUACAUAUUCGGUGGAUUGGUUUACCUGAUAUUCGGUACAGGGAAAAUACAACAUUGGAACUCGGCAAAGACUUAUCCGGAGGACGGCAAAGAACUGCAACCUCUGAAAAAGCAAGCAGACAUAGAGAGAGAAAAGGAGUUGAUAGCGUAGGGAUGUUCUACAUUCACGGUCGCGUUCAGGAAUAACUCGCCGAAUGUGAGUGUAUUUUCAAACGAGUGAUUGUAAAGGGCGAAGCAAUUGAUUGUACAACAAACCAAACUCAAAAUUAGUACUUCCAUUAGGGUUGCACCAGCAAUGGCUAUAGGUAACACAUAAGUUGUGGUUGCUGAAUAACAAACCAAUUUCACAAUUAGUACUAUUCAUAGAGUCCUCAUAUGGCUAUAAGUACCUCCGAAAUUAAUAAGUUGUUGCUUUUUAACGAAUUUUGGCCUUUCUUUCUAAACAUUUUGAACAACAAAUCAAAGUGAUAAUUAGUACUACCCAAAAAGGCGCAACGGACGUUAGUUAGUAUAGGUACCUCAGAAAUUAAUAAGUGUGAUGAAUUUUGGCCUUUCAUUCUAAGAUUGAGCCCAACAAACGUUAAAACUUCUUUAAUUUUAAUUGUGGUACGACUGGGUCAUUUCUGACAGGUAAAAUACAUAUCACACAUUCAGAGUCUGUGCGUUACUCCUGAACGCGUUCCAUUUGACGAUGACUUUGAGUCCGGUAUUUCAGUAUUUUCUUUGGGAAUUGUAUUUUUAUUUUGGUGCUCAUUUCCGCAUUGAUGUGUAUUCAUAACUCCGCGAAAUAUUCAUGACAAGCGAAUGAUGCGCCACUACUAUAUCUCAGUAGCGCGAACACAUAUUUAAUUUGUAUACACAUAAGACAAACGAUGGAAAGUCAUUAAGGUCCCAAGUGUACAUUUAUGUUAUUUUUUCGAAUCGAAGAAUAUUUUUUAAUAAAACUAUUACAUUU